AUGCUAUCUCCUACCCUACCCCGCCUCCCCCCAGCCCCCCCAGGGUUUUCUGACUCACCUUUACUUAAAGAAGAAAAUAAACAGCAAGGAGAAAACAAGGAUAAAGUGCCUGCUAAUGAGCAAAAUGGCAAGCAUUUGAAAGAUGUGAAAGAAUAUACGUUCACAACACAAAAUAUAAAUGGCACCGGACCUGAAAUAUCAUUGAGAGCAACAACUGAUAUUAAUUUUCUUCUAAAAAACUCUCUAACCAGCACCGAAACAUCUACUACAAAAUCCACUGAAGGCGUCACUGAAAAUCCCCCUGGAGACUCCACCGCUGAAGAAGGCCACGUCGAGGGUCAUGACAAUAAUUUAAGAAAAACAACCAAGAGUCAAAAUGAGCCUGAGUUUUGGACAAUGUUAGAGAAAGCUAUAAAUGGAACACCGCGAAGCCAUGUGGACAUUGAUGAAAAGGAUCAAUUAUUUAACCCAAUUCCAAGUUCUGAUUUGAACCCUCCCGGCGCGAUAGCUGGAACGAUCCAGGACAUCAAGCUAAGAUUAAUGCUGGGCGUUUCAUUGAUGAGCCUCUUCCUCUUCCUGGUCCUUCUGACACUCUGUGCGGUCACCAUGUACAAACUGAGGAAGCUCGCUAAAAAGGAAUGUGACGCUAAAUACUCCGUCAACCCAAACCUGGCGCAGAUGUCUUACUUUCGCCCCUCAGAAGGGGUGUCGGACACUUCCUUUUCUAAGAGUGCAGCGAGCAGCACAUUUUUGGGCAAUAGCCCUUCAGCAAUGAAAAAACUGGGUCCCAAGAAAGAAAAAUCGAAAACCAUGGUAGAGACGGUUCUCCCAGCCCCAGAGGACCCAGAGGGAUUGGAAGUAGUAGAUGCAAACGAGGAACAGAAUGUGGAAAUGCUGCCUUAA